CAUGUCCCAUAAUCUGGCACAAAUUUCACUGGUUGAUAUUUGCUUGCUGAAUUUCAUGGAUGAGAUUCAAAUCCCUCUAACCAGUUAUGCACAUACAAUUAGGAAACCAGUAAAUACAGAGAAAAGUAACUCAAACUACAUUAUAGUGGCACUAGCUCUCAUACCACCAAUUUAACUCCACCUUCAUUCUGAUUACUUUUCUGCUCAAUUUGCCCACACCCAUUUCCUUUUUCAUCAGUUCCAUUUGUUGUGAAUCUUUUGAUAUCAAACUGUAUGAUCAAAUUUACAGGUUUGAUGGGUUUUAAUAUGGUCUGUGUUUACUUCUAAUUUGCAAAAAAGUUAGCAAUUUUAUGACUUCAGUCCUCCAAAACCAUUUCUUGAUUCCUCUGGAGGAUUUCACACAAAACCCAGAUUGCAAUUUCAGGGGGAGGGAACAAGAAUGUGUCUCCCUCAUAAAGAAAUGCAAGAACUUGGAAGAAUUCAAGCAAGCCCAUGCCCAAACCCUCAAGUUGGGUAUAUUUUGGAGUUCUUUUGUUGCAAGCAAUCUUGUUGCCACUUGUGCUCUCUCAAACUGGGGCAGUAUGGAUUAUGCCUGCUCUAUUUUUCGCCAAAUCGAGGAACCGGGUUCGUUUGCAUUCAAUCACAUGAUCAGGGGCCAUGUCAAAGACAUGAACCUAGAACAAGCUUUACAGGUGUUUGAUGAAAUGCUUGAGUGUGGGGUGGAACCUGACAACUUCACAUACCCAACUCUUCUAAAAGCAUGUGCUAAUUUGCCAGCACUUAAAGAGGGGAAACAAGUUCAUGGGCACAGCUUUAAGCUAGGUUUUGGAGAUGAUUUAUUUGUGCAGAAUAGCUUGAUCAACAUGUAUGGGAAGUGUGGAGAGAUAAGUCUCUCUUGUGCUGUUUUUGAUAAGAUGGUGCAAAGGAGUGUUGCUUCAUGGAGUGCCCUAAUUGCAGCUCAUGCUAGUUUGGGCAUGUGGGGAAAGUGCCAUGAGAUUUUUAGGGGUAUGAGUAGUGAAGGAUGUUGGAGAGCUGAGGAAAGUAUCUUAGUCAAUGUGGUCUCUGCCUGUACCCAUUUGGGUGCCCUUGAUUUGGGAAGGUGCACACAUGGGUCCUUACUUAGGACAAUGUGUGGCCUUAAUGUUGUAGUAGAGACUUCCCUUAUGGACAUGUAUGUAAAAUGUGGCUCUUUAAACAAAGGGCUAUUUCUCUUCCAAAGAAUGAUAGAGAAGAACCAAAUGUCCUACGGUGUAAUGAUAUCGGGCUUAGCGAUGCACGGGCAGGGCCUGGAAGCCCUAAAGUUGUUCGAUGAGAUGCUCGAACAAGGCUUGAAACCAGAUGAUGUUGCUUAUGUGGGUGUGUUGAGCGCUUGUAGCCAUGCUGGGCUUGUGGAGGAGGGUCUCAAGUAUUUCGGAAGCAUGAAAUUGGAACAUGGAGUUGUACCCACAGUGCAACACUACGGGUGCAUGGUAGAUCUCUUGGGUCGAGUUGGGAAAUUGAAAGAAGCUUAUGAGCUUAUAAAGAACAUAUCCAUAGAGCCAAACGAGGUCUUGUGGCGUACUCUUCUCAAUGCUUGUAGGGUUCAUCAAAAUGUUGAGAUAGGGGAGGUCGCUGCUAGAGAGCUAUCCUUAUCGGACUCAGGUAAUGCCGGUGAUUAUGUGGUGCUAUCGAAUCUGUAUGCACAAUCUCACAGUUGGCGCGACGUGGCGAAAACACGAAAGGAAAUGAUGUGCAAAGGCUUGAUCCAAACGCCCGGAUUUAGCUUGGUUGAGAUGAAGAGGAAGGUGUAUAGAUUUGUUUCGCAAGACGUGUCAUUUCCCAAGUGUGAUGGAAUCUACGAGAUGAUUCACCAGAUGGAAUGGCAGCUGAAAUUCGAAGGCUAUUCGCCUGAUACAUCGGUAAUUUUGCAUGAUGUCGACGAAGGAGAGAAGAGGCGGAGGUUGAGUAGCCAUAGCCAGAAGCUGGCAAUUGCCUUCGCACUGAUUCAUUCGUCUCAGGGUUCUCCCAUAAGAAUAGUCAGAAACAUUAGAAUGUGUAGUGAUUGUCACACAUACACGAAGCUCAUUUCGUCGAUCUACGAUCGUGAAAUUACAGUUCGCGAUCGGAAUCAGUUCCACCAUUUUAAAGAUGGGACUUGCUCUUGUAGAGACUGUUACCGUUGAAUGGGUAACUUUUUAGCUCCUCCUUGUGGUGACGUUCCUAUUUUUUUUUUCCUCCACCUCUUGUUCUCUACCAAAUUUAGCUUUGGAUCAACCAAUGGUUAUAGCGACUAGAACAGAUAUUGAAAUGAACAUAACUGUUUUAUUUGU